UCCCGGAGAUGUUUCUCUCUCGGGGCUCUGAGCCAUCCUUACCCCACCCCCUCCCGACAGUGUCUCUGUAGUAAUUUCCAGCCAAUGAUCAGUAGGUGUCCACAUCCCUGCUUCCUCACCUCAGCACCAAUCAGCCACACACAGCGACAGCCAGGAGACGCGGACCAGGCGCACAGCACAGCCCCAGGAUCAGGACAGGAAGCUUCUUCUCCGCCUUUUCACUCCGAUUUCCUCGAUUGCUCCAUAUUCAUCCUUAUUUUUCUUCUGCACCUUUUGGCUCAUUCGUGCACUUCUCAGCCCUUGUCUGGUAGCUCGAAGGGAAAGUCGGUCAGAAUGCUUCUUUUGUUGUGAAGGCUGAGCGCGCGCGCACUGACACGGUGCGUCUUCUCGCAUCUUUUGCGUUAUUUCCCCUCCACGCUUCGCCUCGCCGUGAUGUUCCGUCCCUGGUAGCGCCUCUUGGAGCUCUUCUCACCUGCACCAACGACGACCAACCAGGAUGGUGACACAUUGUUCGUAACCAGCUCCAGUUUGACCAAGGCCCCUGCAACCUUCACUCUCUCCUGCUAAAACGCCGACAGACGCCCCUCAGUCAUGUCUAACAUAAACAAUGCGCUUUGCAUUGAAAAUGGACAGAAUGCAGAUGUGUCCCUCUUACAAAAGGAUAAUCUUCAGGAUGGUGGAUUAAGCCAGCUUUUGGAUUAUAACGCAGAAAUGGAAAGGUACAGGUCUUUUGCAAACUUUUAUAAAACCAAUGGGGCGUUUCCACAGACUGCUAAAAUCGCCCGCAUCACAACGCCCAUUUUUCCCAGUGCCAGAAUUGGUAUGUCCCCUUGGAACUGUGAUACCGCCAUGCUCUGGGGAAGGAAAUCAGCGGCAAUAAACCCUAAUAGGACCAGCAUGCAUAGAAAUGACUCCCAGAGGCCGGGGAAGCCUGGCGUGCCGCCAGAGACGCUGCAAAUGGCAAAUAAUAAUUUCCUCUCUGCCUUAUCCCCCGAACACUGCAGACCUUUAGCAGGAGAAUGCAUGAACAAGCUGAAAUGCGGCGCUGCUGAAGCAGAGAUAAUGAAUCUCCCGGAACGCGUUGGAACUUUUUCCGCUAUUCCGGCUUUAGGGGGCAUCUCAUUACCUCCCGGGGUCAUCGUCAUGACAGCCCUUCACUCCCCCGCAGCCUCAGCAGCCGUUACAGACAGUGCGUUUCAAAUUGCCAAUCUGGCAGACUGCCCACAGAAUAAUUCCUCAGCAUCCAGUGGAAACCCAGCGAAGAAGAAAAGGAAAAGGUGCGGGGUGUGUGCACCCUGCAGGCGGCUAAUCAACUGUGGUGUUUGCAGCAGUUGUCGGAACCGCAAAACGGGCCACCAGAUCUGCAAAUUUAGGAAAUGUGAGGAGCUGAAGAAGAAGCCAGGCUCAUCGCUGGAGGUGAGAACCGGAGCUCUGCUUCCCCUUCUUUUGUCAUUAUCCCCUUGCACUCUAAAGCAUUAACCUUUUCAUCCAGUCACGUUCUAAGCUCUUGAAAAUUGUUUCCAUGCCCACCCAUGCCUGAACAUCCCCCUGCUUUCUCAAAUCUGCCUACCCGCCUAGCCUAAUUGGCAGUAAUUAGGGGUGUUUGUGCGGAGCACAAGCUGAGCUUGGCUCAGACACCCCUAAUUGCUGCCAGUCAGGCUGUGGCUGGAACGCAUCCGAACAAGCCCGGGCUUGGCUUUGCUCCAAGCAGGGCUGGGAAAUGGUGUUCAGCAGAGAGCCAUCUCUCUCUGCACCCGGUCAUUUUAACCAAUUAUGGAAACCGUCUCUGGAUGGGGAGAAUCAAUAUCCCACAAAGCCUCAGCUGCUGACCACCAAGAGAUGGCGAGAGUGAUGGCAGAGCCGCUGAUGGCAAGUCUCAAAACAGCCCCCAAGGUUUCUGUGUGUGCACCCGCAUGCACGUGUUUACACAUGCAUUGAUCUUUUUCCACAUUUGGUUUGAACUGAUUGUUCAUAGGCAGUGUGUGUGUGUGUGUGUGUGUGUGUCGCGCUGGAGUUUAAUGCAUCUCAAUCUCACGAGGGAUACGAAUGCAAACAGGUUCAUUCCAAUUGAUUUGUUUAGCUGCCGACAUCUGGUUUUAAAGGGCAAAGGCCGAGUGUGAUCGUUCGGCUGGAAACGUACUUCUCCUCUCUGUGGCCUGCAGGAGUCUGGGUGGAUGUGUUUCCAACAAAUCCAACCUGAGGACCGGAUCAUUUGCUCAUUAAUUAAGCGAUUACACAGAGGAAAACCGGGUUAAUUAUAAACUAUUACCUAAUCUUUGACUGGAGGGGGAAACAUGCAUCACUUCUCCUUAAAUAUGAACUCAAGAUGUCAUUUUGUUAGAUUAUUGUCUUAAUCUGUUCUAAUUUUUUUAUCUGAGCGUUAACUUAUACGUGUCGUCUUGUUAAUCAGGAUGAAUUGUGAGAAUUGCAUCUAAAAGCAGAAGGAGAAACGUUUCAUGCGUGCUUAAUGUAGUUUUUAGGAAGACUUUGUGACAUUUUAAGGAAUUUUCAUCCUUUUUGCUCCUAAAAUCAACUUUCAAAUGUUGUAUAGAGGAAUUUUUGUCAUUUCUGUUCUAAUGCAACGCCGUGUCAUUCAUAUCUAAUAUCCCUGAUGAAAGUUUGAGAAGGUUUUAAUGAUUUUUGUCUGAGAUCAAAGGAAUAAGAGCUUUCCACAUUUUUCAAAGAUAACUUAAAGCAGAUUUUGGAUCGAGACGCCUAACAUUAGCAGUAGACAAAGCUUUAAGUUUUGUUAUCAAAACCCACAAAUUUUUAUUUUUAAUUCUGGUCAAGGUGAAUGUCUCACAUUAUCAGAAUGAAUCACCUUUUCAUGUUUUACAGGACACUUCUCAUUCAGAAUAAUGGGACACUCUGCAACUUUUAAAUCAUUUUCUUGAGUCAGUGUGUGCUAAAAUGAUCCUUUAGAGCAGGAGGGCAGGUAUCCAGUAGGGGUUUAUCUGCCCCAACACCUGUGCAGCAGCUCAUCAGGCUCUGCAGAAGCCUGGCAAUUACCUGCUGACUGAAAUCAGGUGUGUUGAAGCAGAGUUAAAACAAAAGCGUGCUGGAUGCCGGCCCUCCUCCUGCUUUAGAGGGGUAAUGAAAGGCCACCCAGCCCCUGUCAUGCCCUGUGGCCAGAAUAUUCCACUUGCAGCUCCAGACUGGCGGGUCGCUCUCUUGGGACUGAAGUUUUAGUCUGCUUCCUGCAAGUUUUAGAUCAUGAACACAGAUGAUUUGUUUAAUUUAGUGAUGAAUCACUCCUGUAAACACUAAAGAAGGCUGAGGAGACAUUUCAGCUGUUAGAUUAAGGUGUUAAAAAGACAAACGCACAGCAAGGAGACAGGUUUUUGCUUUUGGUUGUACAAACGUACACUAGGGGGUGCUAUAAGCAAGCCAAAACUGCCUAGUUCCACUUUUAAGUAGUGAACACUUUCCUGAUUGAUUCAAACCUGUCUUUUUUGUAAAACAAAGAAAUCAAAUAAGAAAACAUAAUAACAAUCUAAAAAUGUCCCAUGUCCAAGGAAAAUUCUUAUAAACAAAAAAAGACAAUUUCUGCAUUCAAAUGAAACAGUGCAGACUUGCUGCUUCUUAAACUGAGUUUGAAACAGCGUGCAGGUGAUAUUUUGACAUUUACUGACUUGUUCAGGGUAGUUUGGUCCUGGACUGAAAGUGGAGGCUGCAGACAAACAAACAGGUGCAGAAGAAGCUAAACUCACAUUUAUAACCUGCAGGUAGACUAACGUUUAGAAAACAUCCAUUUACAAAGAAAGGUAGAAUUACCAAGGGUGUGAAGCCCCCAAACAAAUCCACACUUGCUUUUAAAAAGCUCCUUCUCUGACUUCAGUGAACCAUAAUAAGAACUUUUCCAGCUGUAAUUGUUGUUUUUAGGCUCCUCGUUUGUAAUUACAGGCGAACCUUCUGCUGCAGAGGUUAAAGGUGAUGUAUGACAUCUACAAACAGGAAGUUACAUAUGGGAAGGUUGCCCAUUUGAACUUCUAUAGGUUUUAGUUGUGACGUGUGAAAAUCUAGUGCUUCUGCAGCCUCAGAGGGAGAAUUUACGACAGACGUGCACACGAGUCUAACACCUCCUCUCCAUCACACAUAAACGGCCACAAACAGCUGCACACACCAAACCUUUCUCCUUGCAAGAGACGAUAAGCUACUGGCAGCUGGUUAGAUUUGGCUGUCAGUGCUUUCCACAUGGGAAUCACCCUGAACUAAUUAUAUCUUAAGCAGCGGUGGAAAAUGCAAAUCAGAAUUUUACUCACACCCCUGAAAUCGGAGAGCCAAUUUCAUCUAAUACCCCCUUUAAUUUAGCGCGCUAAUGCGAGGCCCUGGAGAAUUGCCCCGUGUCACCGCUGUGCUGUUCUGCUGCAGAUUCUGCUCUGCGUCUCUGCUGCUCUCAGGCUCCAGGAUGGAUUAGUCUGGCAGAUGAAUCUCAUCUAACCUAACAUUUCCCGAGCAGUUACCUUUGCAUUAGCGCCAGCUCAGAAGACUCAAAAGGGUUUCACGUUAGCGUUCAAACGCAGCGCUGGCAGGAGGGCGACAUGUGCCUUUUCCUUUGUUUACUUUAACCAUUUAACUCAAAAUCAGCGUUUAUGCCAUAGAGAUGACUUCUGAUGAUGAUUCCUUAGGAUGUAAAUAUGUUUGGUAACUUGUGUCGUUUGUUAAAUAGUAAAAAUGAACUUGCUUUAAAAGUAUGGAACACUGAAAAACAGUUUUUUUAAUCUUAUUUCUGAUUAUAAUUGGUCACUGCGUUUUUCAUGCAGGCUGAACAUAAAUGCCGUCUCCUAUACGCCCAUCAUCUGCAUUAGCUUCUGAUUUCUAUCAGAAGAUAGACGGUGAAACUCUAGGAUUAGAAAAUCCUAACAGAUCUACGUCACCCUGUCACUCAGCAUUCACGGCCUCACCUAUCUUGACUAACGAAGAGGAAGGUUGGUGUCGGUGGAGCAUCCAGGAAACAGCAGAGAACGUCUCGACCAGUAGAAGUAGUUAGCAUUAGCAACUCCACCACACAGCAGAACUCCUGCAGGCUUGAGUUAUUUGUGGAGAUAAAACAUCAACGUUGCAGGUCAGUAGUAGAGUUGCGUUGCUGUUGACCAAUCAGAGAAGAGAUGUCCAAAUAUCAGUAAAAAGACUCCAAAACUCAUACAUGAAUAUGUACAGAUGCCCUAUUGGGCGCUGGAGAGCGUAACAGCUCGCCGCCAUAUUGGAUGUUUCCUCACUCUGCAAACCCAGUUAGAGUCAACACAGGGUGAGCAGCUAUGCCCACUGUUUUGUACAGCCUUUGGUUGCAACCACCAUUGCGUUCCAAUUCCGGAACUGCGCUGCUCUGGGUGGCUGCAUGUUGGAAUAGCUCUGUUGAAUUGAAUUGAGUUGUACUGUUUUCUUAGGACUUCAUAGCCUACCUGUUAGGAUUUUAUAUUUUAAUUUUAUUUAUUUUAUUUUAUUACACUUAUAUUUCAACUCAUGCCAUACCAUAUGUCUGAAUUUGUGAAGAAGCAUAAUAAAAUGUAUUUUUUAGUUGGGUAAACACCUCCUUAGAAGAAUUAAACGCACUGGGGUGAAUGGAGACCCAUCCAAGAUGGCAGCCAGCCACUACAGCUGCUCCAAUAGGCAGUACCAGCUCACGGAUCCUACGUACACGAUGUCUGUGCCAAAACCCCGACUUCUGAAGCUCAGUUGUGACUGACUCACAGAUAGGGUUGUGACACCAAAGAGCUGGUUUAAACACAAACAGCAAAAUCAGGUUCACUAUGUUUCAGUCUCUGAUUAUGGGUCAAUCUGAGUUUAAUUGAAUAUUUAAUUUAAAUUUUAUAUGUUAAAAUACAACAAUACAACUUUACUUGCCUGAAGAAACAUGGUUGCUCACAAACAAAACUUGUUUUAAAAUGAUUAAACAGACCAGACGCAAUCAUCCAACAAUGUACAAAAAUUAGAAUUAGUGCAAAAUGAUUUUCUAUAUAAAUACUAAAAAAUUAAGUUUUAUUAGCAAUGGAACAAGAACAUGUUUGUUACUGUUUACACCGGUACUGCUGCAGCUAACUGACAGGAAUGGUAACAGAAGAAGAGUCUAUGUGAGGUACAUUUUUCAUGCACAAAUGCAACUUUUCCUCUUUUUGUGAUUUACCUUGUUAAAGUGGUUCCCUGAAUAAACAAACUUGCUUUUCAUCCAGAUCUUGUUUUAAUUUUUAAAAGCCACAAAGAACAAAUGCGUCUGCACUGGUGCAGGAAUACUCUACCAGUCAAAUCACAAUACACAAACACAUCAGUCUGAUGAUCUUCAAACCCCCCAGUUUUACCUCGAAAACUAACUAAUUAUACACUUUGAUGUGAGAAUGGCCUCCUCGUAAUGCCGAGUGAGAGUUCACACAAGUGCUGACAUCAUCGAUAGCAACAUAGUGUUGUGUUCACACUCAUAAUGCAACAAAACACAUAAAAUAACACCCCGAUAAGUCACAUGUCUCCAUUUGCAUACAGCGGUGGAGAAAAGGGCAAAGCCAAAUCCAGAUGAGCAGAUUAAUCUGUCAAUUAAUAGAUGUCAAAGGCCAGCAUCAAGUCGUGUGUAGGAAAUCAGCAGCAUCCCAGCAUACAGGCAGGGACGGACGUUCUCUCUCCCUGUGGUCUGUGUGCGGGGUUGAUGUAUAUGAAAUGGUGGAGAUGAAGGCGGCGGCGCGGCUGUCUGGAAACCUUUGCUACAGUGAUAAAAGACAAGGCCCAAAAAACGGCAGAGGCAGGACCUUGAGGUGAAUCGCCUGGAUUCAGCUUGCUUAAUGAGAGCGGCGCAGCCAAAUAGGCAACAGCAGCCAGGUCUAAUUUGUUUUAGGUGUGCUCAGAAUAGAUAAGGGCAAAUCGGUGGCCUUCACCCCCAUCCCCCAACCUUUGCCUCCCUGGAGAUAACACUGAAAUGCUCCAAGUCAAUCUCCACGAGCUGAGGGAAGAGGAGUUUUAAAAAAAGGGAGCAAAGGAAUAACCUCACGGACAAGCGGCCUUUACAUCUCUAACUUACUGGAUUCAUUCAAGCUUAAAAAUUAGAAAGUAAUUUGGUCCAAGAGGUCUAAAAGCGUGGGGGUGCAUGGAGGAAAAAAGAGAAGCGAGGGCGUACGCGGCCCUGCAUCUCAACCUAAAGGGCAACGGUAAGCUCCUGUCAAGACAAUGGGAUUUUGCCAUCUGAACCUUCAUGCAGACCGCUUAAUUAUACACGUCUUCCCUGCAAGCAACCCUCAACUACUUAAGAGCACAGGCCCCUUUAGUCACUGUCGUGCCCCUUUUUCUCUCCGACUCGUCGUGCCGUGUGGAUUUUCUGUCAGGUCCCAUUUGCCCUGAGCAGCUGUCCUCCGUGGGCCGGUGCCGUGCUCGGAAAGGCACAGACGCACGCGGCUGUUAAAGAAUUCAUCAUCUUCCUCACCGCCGCCGCCAAUUAAGGCCAAAGCGUAAUUGGAGGCGUCUGGACGAUGCCCCUUACAUUUCAUGGUCUGUCGCCUCCACUGCCUCUAUUUGAUUUAACGUGCGUGGUUCGGUGGCGAAAGAGAACUCGUUUUCAUCGUCUUCGUUAUGGCAGGGGGAAGACGAGGGUUGAGAGGAAGAGAGAUGGGGAUGGGGAUGGGGGGUGGAUGGUAAAUAGCAGCCCACAGAGGGUGGACGGCGUGAAAGCGCAGGUGUGGCAGGACGUUAAUGCGUGGCACUUUAAAUUUUUAACAGAUCGGCAUAAAUUAUUGAUGCCGACUCAGGAUGAGAAGUUAAAAGGUAUCUCGUCAUUACCGAGAGGCUGGAGAAGUGUGAGAGAAAAAUUCUUCAGUAAUGGUGCGUAGAAUAUUGCAGCAAGCUAUCGUUAGGAUGCCGAAUUCUUGACUUCCAAGUUUCUGCUUAAAACACAAAGUAAAACGGGCUUUAUUAAAAAGUGCAGAGAUAAAAUACUGCUUGAAUUCGUAAAGUUGACGAUCAGUUUCAUGUGAAUUUUUGAUAAUUAGUUCAUGCGUCUCGGGAUUCUGUGACCAGAGGAGGAACUUUUUGUUUUAUAUCGCUUUUGAAAAUUGUUUCCCUGCCAAAUGGUUCCACCCAACGUUGUCACGUGACUCUUUGUGAAAAGGCUUCAGAAGGCUGUAUUUUACACAAAACCACAAUCUCUUUUUAAUUGCAUCAAAGUAGUUUUGGUGGGUUUGCCAAACCAAACUGUGAGCUGGAGCAAAAAAAAAGUAAAAAGAAAGAAAAGUAAACAAGGGUUUGUGUCAGGACUCAUUGCUGGAGCUCUGCCAUUCUAGUUUAAGAGUGGAAGAUGCUACACGGGGCCAAAUCUGAAUCUUUGCACUGAAAUGAUAUUUCUAGUUUUUAGAUAUCUAAGAUAACAACAUCUGAUCUGUCAAAACAAGAAAAUGUUUAUUGACACUUUAAGGUUUUUUUUUGCUGUCUGAUUUUUAAAUGCAGCAAACAAACAGCUGAGAUCUUAAGUGAGUUUCUGAGGAAAGCUAAUGAACAGUUAGCGUCUAACCUGAAGAUAGAUCUUUGACAUCAAUUUGGGAAAAUAGAGUUCAGUGGAUUGACGCGCUAAUGGCUAGUCAAAUUAAGGCCAUUUUCAAAGUAGAUUAUUACAUUUAAGAAAAAUCCUGAAAUCUCUAAAAAUGUCACUGUGGUUUUUGACAUUUCAUAGACUUUUAUGCAGUCGUACAUGGUUAUUCACACAGAAUAAUUAUUUACAGCAAAAUAAGUGGAAGAUCCGUACCUCUUCUUGUGGGGAUUUCAUAUUUCUGCCUGCAAUAAUCAUGUAAUGUGUUACUGAAGACAGUCUCAAGGUUUAGAAUAAUGUAAAAUAGAUUACACACAAGGCCCGUUUCCACUGCUGGAAUUUCUGGUUAUUUACCAGACCUUCGUGGCAUACAAAUGUCUCCAUUCCACUGGGAUGGUCCAUUUUCUCGCUCAUUUUAGGAACCAGCAGAGUACCUGAACUGGGGUGUGUGUGGGGGUUAGCAAUAGCUCAACAGGUAGAGCGGGUUGUCCAGUAAUCGGAAGGUUGCAGGUUCGAUCCUGGCUCUGGACAGAGAGUUCUGCUGUUGUUCUUGCUGUCCUUGGGCAAGACACCUAACCCACCUUGCCUGCUGGUGGUGGUCGGAGGGACAGGUGGCGCCUGUGCUCGGCAGCCCCGCCUCUGUCAGGGCAGCUGUGGCUACAUCGUAGCUCAUCACCAUCAGUGUGUGAAUGGAUGAAUGAUACACUCUAGUGUAAAGCGCUUUGGAGUCUGAGAGGCGCUAUACAAGUGCAGGUCAUUUAUCAUUUAUUACUGACUCAGUAAAAAAUUGCAUCUGCAGAUGUCGCCAAACAACUGGCAUUUGUAAAAUUGAAAGGUGUCAUUUUAAAAUCGCCAUUUCAAACUCCCAACACCAAGAAAUGCAUCUGAAACCCUCCGCGACAACAUAAUUCAUUACAGAGCGCCUUAAAAAACGAUUCUUCUUCUGGGUGUUGAAUGCUGCUUUGUACGUCAUACAGCUGCGCUCCUCGUCUCCCGAAUGGUUUAAAUUACUGCGUACUUCUGCAGAAUAAAACCUUUAAUGUUAUUAAAGAGCAAGUAACCCCCUAUAAGAAACUUACUCCACUCCCAUGUCAUGUUUGAAAAAUGCAACAAAUGCUGUUGCCUGACAGACCGAGAAGGCGGAGCCACUAACAAAUACACACAGACAGGCUCACAACAGCAUUGUGACAUCAUGAUGUACCAUUUAACGUCAUUGUGCACCUCUUAGCUAAUAGUGGUGGCAGAUUUAAAUUCAAAUGUAGUGAAGGGUUUUUACCUGACCACGGCACAACACUGACAGUUUUAGGCAGAAUGUUAAAAUUUUACUCAUUUUGAAAUGAGUUUUCCCUGCAGAGUGUCCGGGCUCUCCCUUAGAGACAUGGUGAGAAGCUCAGCCAUCUGGGAGGGGCUCGGAGUCAGUUCGUUGCUCCUUCACAUCGAGAGGAGCCAGUUGAGGUGACUCGGGCAUCUGAUCAGGAUGCCUCCUGGACGCCUCCCUGAUGAGGUUUUCCGGGUACGUCCAACCGGGAGGAGGCCUAAAGGGAGACCCAGGACACAUUGGAGGGACUGUGUCUCUCACCUGGCCAGGGAAUGCCUUGGGAUUCCCCCGGAAGAGCUGACCCAAGUGGCUGGGGAGAGGGAAGUCUGGUCCUCUCAACUUAGGCUACUGCCCCCGCAACCCGACUCCGGAUAAGCGGAAGAAAAUGGAUGGAUUGAUGGACAUUAAAAUUUUAACUAAGAUGCACUGAAGUGCUAAUUUAUUGACUCCACAUGUCUACAGCACAAUUAGACACUCAUUUAUGUAGUUCAUCAGCAAAUAGAAGUAGAUUUGGGGGUGACUUGCUCUUUAAUGUUUGUGGACGCCCUUUGGCACUGAAUUAGUGGCGAUAUGCUGACAUCUUAGCAAAGAUGUUUUUUUUUUAUGAAGACACAACAACUGAGAGGACUGAGCCAUCGUAUCUCCUGGUCACUUUUCUCCCUCCCAGAAAUUUUCCAGAAUAUGUAGUGGAAUGCCACUAUAAUCGGUGACUGCUCCACUAGGAUUGACAGCUUCUAGUUUGGUCAGAAGUAGUCUAUGCUUCUCUGAACUGAGGUUUUUGAUGGAGUUGAUAUUCACCAUAGCUAACAUGUUAAUUUACUAGAUCUUAAAAUAAACAAUUUUAUCCUUUCCAAUGAAACCCACUUUCAAUUAUUACAAGAUAACCCUUGAAUGUAGUAGUAUAGCCCAAAUCUCCCCCCUUAGAAGCGCCUCUAGUUUAACCUAUGCUUCUAUGAGCAGGGGUUUGAAAAGUUGCAGCACUGAUAAGUUGGGUGAAAAGUUGGUUCAGUCUUCUGUUGAGCCAUUGAUGAGUUAGUAGAGGACCAAAAUGAAGACACAGGACAGUCAAAGCAUUAACAGGAAAGGAUGAAGAGGGAAUGAAUUAGACAGAGCAGGCAGUAAGGCAACAAAAGUAGGUGUUUUUUUGAGCCAUGUCCACACAAAAAGAGAGAUACCGUUACCCACAGUGUGUUGGUCAUCUGUAUCAUGGUCCACUACAAUCACUUUGUUAAUGUAAAAAAUAUUCUUGAAAUAACCCAGAAUAAACUCUUGCUUUACAAAAAUUGCACACAUUUGCACACAAAAGGAAAUUGAUCACCAGAAAGCUCAAAGUUUCCCCCAAACAAUGAUUACAUGGAAAUAUAACUACAUUCUCCAAGUGUUUGGCCACAUUACACUCAUGUUUAGAGCUUUACUUGGCAUGUAUUUUUCUAACAAGCUGCUGAUGACACCAACCACCCACAGAGCAAUUUAAAACCAGCUGUGCCACUUUCAUGUAUCAGGCAUUGUGUCCCAGAAAAGUAGAGCAUCAGGAUAUAUGUGUCUUCUCCUCCGAUUUUCCUGCCACCUGCAUUUAGGUUGUCCUGCAAAAUAACCUAUUAACCCUUACCCUACUUCAACAAAAAAGGCAGAUGCACAUACCACACACACCAUCAUUGUCUAAAGUUAAGGUUACGGUUAAAGAAACCAUGUUUUACUCAUCUUUUUUAAAUAAAUAUGAUCAGUAACUCAGAAUUUGUCGUGCAGGCUGAACAUGAAAAAAGUGUUCUGCAUUAGUUUCUGAUAUAAAAUAGAAAAGCCUGACAGAUCGACAUCACUUAACAUUCAUGGACUCACCCAUCUUAACUUGCAAUGAAAAAUGGCCUGUAUUUGAUAUAGCGCCUUCUAGAGUCCUGGAACCCCCCAAGGCGCUUUACAACACAAUCAGUCAUUCACCCAUUCACACACACAUUCACACACUGGUGGGGAUGAGCUACAAUGUAGCCACAGCUGCCCUGGGGCGCACUGACAGAGGCGAGGCUGCCGAGCACUGGCGCCACCGGUCCCUCCGACCACCACCAGCAGGCAACGUGGGUUAAGUGUCUUGCCCAAGGACACAACGACAGCGACAGACUGAGCGGGUCUCGAACCUGCGACCUUCCGAUUGCGAGGCGAGCACUUAACUCCUGUGCCACCGUCGCCCCAUAAAAAAAGGCUGUUGUUGGUUUAGCGUCCAGGAAACAGCAGCAGCUGUCAGCAUUAGCAACUCCACAGCACAGCAGAACUCCUCCAGACGUGUUAUUUGCGGAGAUAGAACAUCCACGUCGCAGAGCAGACAUAGUCAGUGGUAGAGUCAUGUUGCUGUUAGCCAGUCAGACGUGAGAGGUCAGAAUAUCAGGAAACAAUACUCCAAAUCCUGCCGUCUUCUGCUACUUAUGUUUAUGUUUAUUCAUUUAGCAGACGCUUUUAUCCAAAGCGACUUACAAUUUAUAACCUAUAGGGCGUGUUGUGAUCUGCGGGGGAAGCCGGAGUACCCGGAGGAAACCCACGCAUGCAUGGGGAGAACACGCAACUCCACGCAGAAAGGCCGCAGCUGAGUUUCGAACCUGCAACCUUCGUGCUGCGAGGCAACAGUGCUAACCACUGUGCCACCAUGCAGCCCAGUUCAAUUCUAAGUCCUCAAACAGGUGCACCUGAGUUUUUUCCCCCCACAGAACGACUUACAGGCAUUCAUUCCUACUAGAAACGACUGCAGCUGUAUUAAAAUAUGAGUGAACUUGCUCUUUGAUGUAAAAUCUGCAAGUGGUUUUGUCAUCUGCUAAUUUUGAUUUAGUUUAAUUUGUUUUAGCUCAAGUUGUUUUAACCACGUUUCAGAGAUAUUAAUACAAUCAAAGGUUUAUAGUUAUGAAUGUGUGUGUGUGUGUGUGUCACUCAUCCUGGAAAGAGCGGUGUGAAAGUAAAUAUGUGAAUGGCACUUUGUGAUCAGAGAAGCUGUUCGGUUUGGUCUAAGCACCUCCGUUUCUGCAAGUCAAAUCCUAGCAUGCUGCCACCCCCUCUAUUGUGGCUCUGGCCGUCUCAGGUUAUGAAUAUUUCAUGAUGAGCAUCUGACACCGUGCCCAGAGAGAGAUUUCAAUAUUUUUUUCUGUUACAAACCCCGGGGUUAGAAUGUGUCAAAGGUGUGAAUUCACCCUGUGGUCUGCCAGAAAACGGAAGGAUUUAUAACGCCCCAGUCAGGAGGAUUUAGAUUUUUUUGCUCCUGACUCCUGAGCAGAGAGCUCUUUUGUCCUCCUCUGACUUCCUCUCCCUCCUCCGUCCUCAGCAGAUAGACCGUUGAGCUGUUCACAGUUUGUUGACACUUUAAAUGAUCUGUCUGUGGCGUUCUGUUGAGGGGAGAAAAGAUUCCAGUCUGCUCAGAGAGCAAGCUGUGUUUUUACAAACUACGACCUGUUUGUCUGAUCAGAGCCGAGAUGGAACAACAGGAGGGGAGUCUUGCUGGAUUUGUCCGGUCUUAAACCCUGCCUUUAGCAUGUUACCUUGGAAGUCAAUAAUAUCUCCCUUGUUUCCAUCUUGGUGAUCCCUAAUCUUCCAAUUUAACUUCUGCCACUUUGUAACUCCUGUAAUUGCUUCAGGUAGAACACCGGUCUUUUGAUUGAAAUCAGAUUACUUAAUUUCAUGUCUUCUUUCUCAGGGAGGGACAUUUUGCUGCGGGAUAGAAAUAGACUAAAUAGACUGAAGUUGUUAUUUUAAAUGACAUGUUAGUCUUGCUGAAGAUGAACUGGUUCCAUCAGGCUGAAGCACAGAUAAUGCAAUAGGUACCUGACUGCAUAAACGGCUCCGCUGAGCUGAUGCCAGUAACUACCGGAAGUGAUGAGACUGCGGAGGCGGUCCUCUGAUAGCAUCAUUGCCACAAACAUGUGUCGCACCAUCAACCAGUAUAGUACCAAAAAAGCUGUGCUGCAGCGUUGUUGCUGUCCAUUCCUUCAUUGUGCGUGUCCUGUUUUAACCUUGUCUGCUUGACUACCGCCCGUGUUUGUUUUCUAUUUGUGUUGCUAUAAGCUAACCGGAAGAAUGCCGACCUGAAAGGGCGCAUGUUGCCACCUCCUGUACCGGAGUGCAAUGAACUUCAUUUGAGAGUUCAGUUUUCUAAUGUAAGCUAGGAUAAAGGCUCCCAUUUUUAUUUUUAUUUUUGCUUUAGAUCGAUUUAGAUGCACAGGUAAACACACUGAGUGUGUGUACAUGCAGUAAGGGAAAACCCAGUUAUUGCCUUAGUCCGACUUUUUACAAACAUGUAAACGCCUUAGUGCGACUGAAGUUCAAGCAAACAGGACAAGUAAUUACUGAGCUAAGAUACCCAGAUCACGCAGUUUUAAAACCCUAAAACAUCUCAUCCCAGCUCAGCUGAGCUAUGAAAGAACGUGAUGUCUGCAUAAAUCUGUCAUGCGACACCAUCAAACAGUGGACUACAACCAGAUAAGCUGUGCUGCAGCGUUGUCGUUCAUUCCUUCGGCCAAUGUGCACAUCCUGCUAAUUAUCUUUCUGCUUCACUCCCACCAGCGUUUAUGUACUAUUUGUGUGCUGCCAUAGGCUAACCAGAAGUAUGCUGACACUAACAGGAGCAUGUCGCCACCUACUGUGGCAGAGUAUGCACAUCAUUCAAUCAUUUGAUUUUCUAAUGGACAUGUAAACUUGGAUAAAGGCUUCCACUCUGGUUAAGGUAUUAGCUCGACUUAGAUGUGCAUGCAACCAUGAAUGCCCUAAGAUCUGCACAUAGCAGUAGAGCUUAAGCCAGUGUGUCACUGGGAAUAGGCGUGUCACAUUGCUAACAAUGUUCACACGGGAGUUCCCAAAAUGUACUUGCAAGGGUUGUGGUCCGAUGUAAAAGUUGUAAAGACCAGUUUAGUGCGAUUCUAAUGAUUAUUUGCAAAUGUAAGAUUUUUGUUUCCAACUUGUUGCCAGCCGUUGCAGCCCAGUAAGAUACUGGCUUUGGUUGCCAUCAACAUGAAGCUUUUUACCUAGGCCACAAACCCACCAUGCAUUGCAAUGGUGUUAGCAAGGUUUCCUCCAUGUAGCUGCAUCUAAAUGCGAUCCGAGAACCGUGCCAGGAUGGGGCUCCUGGGUAUUUGUAGAAGUGUCAUGACUGGUGGAAGGCGUCUAACCCAAGACAUGCAGAAUCAGCACAGAGUCAGAAGGUAAGAAAUAAAAGUCUUUUAUUACAAACGAGAACUAAAGGAGCACUGGAAAAUCAGUGAGUGAUGCCGUGGGCGAAAGUCCAAAGUUCUAGCUCAGCGAGCUGUGGGGGU